AUGGCAUUGGGAAUCAAGAAGUUGAAAGUUUAUGGGGAUUCGUCAAUCGUAAUCUGUCAAACUCAAGGGAGAUGGAAGACAAAAGACGAAAAGCUAAAACCUUAUCAAGAACACUUGGAGGGGAUGAUCAAGAACUUCGAAGAAAUCACAUUCGAGUAUUUGCCAAGAGUCAACAACAGAUUUGCAGAUGCUUUGGCCACCCUCGCCUCAAUGGUUGAGUGCAGCUCAAAUACCCAAAUCCAACCAUUUCUGGUGGACAAGAGAUGUGAGCCGGCAUAUGAAGAAUCAGUGAAUGUCUUGAUAGCUGAUGGGAAAGUGUGGUUCACACCCAUAGUUGACUUCAUCAGAGAAAGGAGGUAUCAUGAACAUUUCACGAUGGGAGAAAAGAAGCGGCUAUGA